AUGUCCCUUCAAACACCCCGCAUCCUCCCCUCCCACCUGCACGCCUUCAACCCCUCUACCGCAGGACCCCGCUCUCCUCCCCCCGUGCGAAUACUCGGCACAGUUACAGCGCUGCGAGGCGACACAGCAACAAUCACCUGCGGAAACCACGGAGACGUGACAUUGAUCCUGAAGACGGAUUCGCACCUGCAGAUGGGCAAGUUGGUAGAGGUUGUAGGGAAAGUGACCGAGUUGGAGAACGGACAGGGACUCGGAAUCCGGGUUUUGGCAACCACUGACUGGGGAAAUCCUGCUGACUGCGACUACAAAAUCUACGAAAAUGUCGUCAACGUUACACACCGAUUGAAGCCUAUCUUUUACGAUUCGAAUGAGUGAAGUGGACCGGUCGUCGACUUUGUGCUCCCUACCUUGGUUUUCGAGACGGCACGACUCCUGGGCACUCGGCGAACAGGUGCUCAUCACUAUAUCUUCGUUCAUAUACCCAUAAAUAAUGUCAUGUGUUGAUAGGUUGGAGGGUGGAUUUCAAUCUUGAGUGCCCAAGAAGGAAACCACGGCAAUAUGCUUGGUUCAUAUCGCUGAAGAGACUUGUUAAUCCUUGAUUCAGUGGUUAAACCGGUAUGGAUGUUAUGUUAUGACUUUUACUGGAUGUCAACUCUACGUCUUUUUAAUGGAAAAGAUGCAAUAGAUCCAUUAGCUUUGUUUGUUGUAUCGAUAUCGAUGUAAUAAUGUAUUCGGACUAUUGUUAAGACUGGAUUUGUAGUGGUAGCGAGUGUUCUAACCCCCCUUUCCAAAUUUCCAACC